AUGGGUGAUGAGAGUAUGGAGAAGGGUGAUGAGAGAAGGGAGAAGGGAAAUGAGAGUAGGAAGAAGGGUGAUGAGAGUAAAGAGAAGGGUGAUGAGAAUAUGGAGAAGGGUGAUGAGAUUAGGGAGAAGGGUGAUGAGAGUAGGGAGAAGGGUGAUGAGAGUAGGGAGAAGGGAGAUGAGAGUAGGGAGAAGGGUGAUGAGAGUAGGGAGAAGGGUGAUGAGAGUAGGGAGAAGGGAGAUGAGAGUAGGGAGAAGGGUGAUGAGAGUAGGGAGAAGAGUGAUGAGAGUAUAGAGAAGGGUGAUGAGAGUAGGGAGAAGGGUGAAGAGAGUAGGGAGAAGGGUGAUGAGAGUAUGGAGAAGGGUGAUGAGAGUAGGGAGAAGGGUGAUGAGAGUAGGGAGAAGGGACAUGAGAGUAGGGAGAAGGGUGAUGAGAGUAGGGAGAAGGGUGAUGAGAGUAGGGAGAAGGGAGAUGAGAGUAGGGAGAAGGGAGAUGAGAGUAGGGGAGAAAGAAAGGAGAAGGGAGAUGAGAGUAGGGAGAAGGGUGAUGAGAGUAGGGAGAAGGGUGAUGAGAGUAGGGAGAGUGAUGAGAUUAGGGAGAAGGGUGAUGAGUCCAGUAAGUGGGCUCCAGUCAGUGGGCUCCAGUCAGUGGGCUCCAGUCAGUGGGCUCCAGUCAGUGGGCUCCAGUCAGUGGGCUCCAGUCAGUGGGCUCCAGUCAGUGGGCUCAAGUCAGUGGGCUCCAGUCAGUGGGCUCCAGUCAGUGGGCUCUAG